GGGCACCGAGUCACCAGGCACGACAGUGGGCACCGAGUCGUCUGGCAAGACUGCGGGCACCGAGUCAACUGGCGGAACAGCAGGCAUCGAGUCAACUGGCGGAACAGCGGGCACCGAGUCGUCUGGCAAGACUGCGGGCACCGAGUCGUCUGGCAAGACUGCGGGCACCGAGUCGUCUGGCAAGACUGCGGGCACCGAGUCAACUGGCGGAACAGCGGGCAUCGAGUCAACUGGCGGAACAGCAGGCACCGAGUCGCCUGGCAAGAGACUGCGGGCACCGAGUCAUCUGGCAAGACUGCGGGCACCGAGUCGUCUGGCAAGACAGCGGGCACCGAGUCAACUGGCGGAACAGCGGGCAUCGAGUCAACUGGCGGAACAGCAGGGCACCGAGUCGUCUGGCAAGACUGCGGGCACCGAGUCGUCUGGCAAGACUGCGGGCACCGAGUCGUCUGGCAAGACAGUGGGCUCCGAGUCAACAGGCACGACAGUGGGCACCGGGUCAUCAGGUAUCGGAUUGUCUGGCUCGACAGCGGGCAUCGGGUCACCAGGCAUCAGGUCAUUUGGCUUGCCAGCGGGCACCGCGUCAUCUCUGGCAAGGCAGUGGGCACCGGGUCACCAGGUAUGACAGCGGGCUCUGAGUCAAUUGGCACGACAGCGGGCACUGGAUCAGGUACCGGAUCAUCUGGAUCAACAGCGGGCAUCGAGUCAACUGGC